GAUGUGAAUUUCAGUUGAAAACUCGAUCUCAACGUAAACAGAUCAACAAGCAAAACUAUCAAGUCAAAGUUAGCAGAAAGCUAAAGCAAAUUUAUACAGCGCAGAAAAGUAUAAAAAAUUGUGUUUUAAAAAAAAUUUCUGGCUGAAAAAAAUCUUUUGUAAUCUUUUAUUGCAAAAAUAGAAAAAACUUUGUUAAAUUGAGUGCAAAAACAGCAUUUGCUAUAAAGAAUAAUAAAAUAUUUUUACAAAAUCUACAAGCAAUUAUAUUGAACAACAAAAAAUGUGCUCACUAAAAGUGUGUUUAAUCUUCGUCGCGGCAGUUAUUGCUGUCAGCUGCAUAAGCAGUACAAAUGCUGCCGUAUUCACACAACCCGCUGCCUUCCAUCCUGCACAUCGUGGCAAGUGCUUCGACAAGAUCACCCGUCGUGCCAUGCUGCCGAACAAGGAGUACAAGCCGAAAGGCAUUUGCGCCGUCAUGACAUGCGACAUACACAGACAGACAAUCAAUAUUGAGACCUGCCCGUACGUGGAGAUGCCCGGCUGUGAAGAGUUGCCCAGCGAUCCCAAUUGGGCGUUCCCCAAGUGCUGUGCGCAAUUCAAGUGCACGGACUUCAAGACCGGCAAGGAGUUCAUUGUGUCGGCGUAGAGGCCAUUAAGCUGCGCUGAGCGGAACAAUAAAUAAAUGAAAAUAAUAAUAAUGAUAAGAAUACUCAAGUGCCGCAUGCCACGCGUUGAAGGCCGGGAAGGAAGUGUUGGGUGCAGUAUGCCAGUAUGAAGGGCGGGCGUGAGAAGGAAGGCGUGUGGCGCGAAAACGUGAUUUUAUGCUUUUACUUACCAUUACUACCUUUAAAUACUAUUAAAACUACAAAAUACUAUUUUUAAAUGUGUGAAUCGUCUACGAAGUGUGCGUGCCUGCAGCGAUAAAGCUCUUUUUGGGAGCAACUACUCUGGCUUUAAUUAUGUUAUUCUAUAUUUUUUGUUAUUAAUUAACUUUUACUUCGCUCAUUAAAAACUUCAUUAGUAUGUAAGAUUAUUUAUUGAAAACAAAAAAUCAAAAUCAAAAACAAAAACAAAUUGUAAAUACUCGUUUUUCGCCUAAAUUUUAUUAAGAAAAUAUUUUCGUUAAUUUUUGUAAUUAUAUUUAUUAAUUUUUUUUCAAUUAUUGUAAUUAAUUUUCGUUUAUUUUUUUAUAAUUAGUUAUUUUAAUUUUUAUAAUUAUUUAUUUUUGUUUUUGUAAUUUUUAUUUGGUUUCCAAUUUCGCUCAAAGUUUUGCUUAAUAUUUUUUUUUAAUUCUUCAAUUUCCUAAUUCUUUUAAUUGAACAAUUGUUAAAUGUAUAUUUUCUUGUAUAUUUUUAUUUUAUUAAUUUCUUAUUUCUUUAUUAAAUUAAUUAUUUUUUAUAUUCUUGUACGUGUGUUGGCGUGUUUGUUAAUAAUUGUAAGUUAAUUAUUUAAAUUUUGUAAAGUAAAACUCUCAACUCAUUAAUUGUGGGUUAGCGUUCUUGGCUUGCCCAUUUAGUUUUAGCAUUAAAUGUGUAUUAAUUAUAGUAUUUAUUAUAUAAGUUUUGGAAGAAAUGAAUUCAAAUUAAAAACAAAAUAUAAAAAUUAAAUAAAAUACAAAAUAUAAAUUAAAAA